AUGCUGGCAGGCAUUAGGGCGGUGCGUGGGCACCUACACCUCGCACGACAUAUCGUGACGUCUGGAGGUCUUUGUAACGCAGCUGCGACGGUGAACUUUGACAACGAUAACCAAGAUGCUCUGGUAGAUAGCCUCGUGCGACAAGGCCUAGUCCAAAGCCCGAGGGUGGAGGCAGUGCUGCGCGCCUUGGACAGGCGCGAUUUCACCUUCACCCACAUGGGAAUCCCGGCCCACGUCAGCUACAGGGACAGCCAAGUGCCCAUCGGCCAGGGUCAAACCAUCUCCGCACCCUCCUUCCAUGCCAUCUGCCUGGAGCUGCUGGCGCCGUACACCGCACCCGGGGCCGCCGCACUGGACAUAGGCGCGGGUACGCUUGUUAGCUUGGCUUGGUGGCGGCAAGCCGAACUUGGGCUGACUGGACGGUGGGCAGGACUCCUCCGGGGCCUGGCAUCGGUCAUCGGCCUGGGGACCCAACACGAUUCCGUCCGCCGCACUGCGCCAGGCCGUACUAACCCAACCGCCAACACAUCAUCGUCGCGGCUGCGGAUGCAGCUACACAACAUCGAGCUGCUGUACGGCAAUGUAUUGGAAGAUUCGGCGCUCGAGGCGGUGUCAGCAGCUGGGCCCUAUGACGUCAUCCACGUGGGCGCAACCGCACGUGAGGUGCUCCCCAGCUUGACCGCCCUAUUGCGACCCGCGGGUCGGCUGGUGCUGCCAGUGGGGCCACCGGUGGGCAUGCAGAGCUUGGUGGUGGUGGACAGAGCGGCGGACGGCUCCCUCAGCCCCCCCCGGCCGGUGAGAGAUGUGAAGCUGUCACCACUGGCGCCACCCAACGCUGAGCGACCGUUGUGA